CCUGCGCAGGCGCGGUGCCAUAGUUCGAGCAGGUUUGAGCCUCGUGACUUUAAUUUGAAAUCUAAAAUGAAUCAAGUCGUGUCUCUCGUCACCGUGACCGUGUUCGUGUUGUUCGCUGAGUCGCUGCCUCACGCUCACCCAAAGUCCAAGAAACAUGAUGGCGUCCAGGCAGAGCCCCAGUUCACAGAGAAGUAUUUCACUCAGACUAUGGAUCACUUCAACUUCAACAGCAUGGGGAAUGGGACAUUCAGCCAGCGUUACCUGAUCACAGAUAAGUACUGGCAGAAGGGCUACGGUCCUAUAUUCUUCUACACAGGCAACGAGGGAGACAUCUGGAAAUUUGCCAUCAACUCCGGAUUCAUCACAGAAUUGGCUGCUCAGCAGAGGGCACUUGUCAUAUUUGCUGAACACAGGUACUAUGGCAAAUCCCUGCCGUUCGGCAAAGACUCUUUCAACAUCCCGCAGGUCGGCCUGCUGACCGUUGAGCAGGCCCUCGCCGACUACAGUGUCAUGAUCACUGGACUGAAGCAGCAGCUGGGUGCCACAGACUCUCCUGUCAUUGUGUUUGGUGGCAGUUACGGUGGAAUGCUGUCAGUUUAUAUGAGAAUCAAGUAUCCAAAUGUGGUGGCCGGAGCUCUGGCUGCCAGCGCCCCCGUACUGUCCACUGCUGGGCUUGGAGAUUCCCGGCAGUUUUUUCAAGAUGUCACUGCUGACUUUGAGAGGGUUGCCCCUGAAUGCAGAGAUGCUGUGAGAGGAGCUUUCCAUCAGCUGAAGGAAUUAGCUGAGCGCCAAGAUUAUAAAGGCAUCCAGGCAGAGUUUACUCUGUGUAAACCUCCGUCAUCUGCUCCGGACAUCCAUCAGCUGUACGGCCUGCUGAGGAAUGCCUUCACUCUGAUGGCCAUGCUGGACUACCCCUACAGCACUCACUUCAUGGGCAACAUGCCCGCCAACCCUGUCAAGGUGGCUUGUGAAACCAUGCUGAGUGGAUCUGACCUACUUGCUAACCUCAGGAACACUGCAGGGAUUGUGUAUAAUGCUACUGGGCUGCUGACAUGUUUCGACCUGUACAGUCUGUAUCUGGAGUGUGCUGAUCCCACUGGAUGUGGACUGGGCUUCAACAGCCUGGCCUGGGACUACCAGGCGUGCACAGAGGUCAAUCUGUGCUUUGAGAGCAACAAUGUGACGGACAUGUUUCCUCCCAUGUCCUUCACGGACAGAGACCGUGAGAUUUACUGCUCCAAACGCUGGGCUGUGAUUCCACGACCAGACUGGUUCAAAACCCAGUUCUGGGGUAAUGACCUCUCCACAGCCAGCAACAUCAUCUUCUCCAAUGGAGACCUGGACCCGUGGGCAAACGGAGGGGUGCGCAAGUCCUUGAGCACAUCGCUGAUCGCUGUCAACAUUCCUGAGGGAGCCCAUCACCUGGACCUGAGAGAAUCCAAUGAUGCUGAUCCAGUGUCAGUGAUCACUGCCAGGAAAACAGAAGCAGACCUCAUCGCACAGUGGGUGAAGAUGGAGAGGAGAAGUUCAGGACCUCAAGAUAUUCACAUCAGCCUCAUGGAGGGCUGAGAGAACCAGGAUUUAUCCACGGCUGAGAAGCUCCAACAUGUGAUUACCAAGUUCAAACCUAUUUGAUUACCUAAUGAAUGUCUUAGCAUUAUCACAGCUAAUUCCUUUUAGUGCUUAUCGAAACAAACAAGAAAAAGUCAAAUCACGAGUCUCUGACAUGAAGAAACACAACACACAGCGAGGGAACCAGAAACCAUCUCCCUUUGUCAGCAUUUGCUGGGACGAUCCAGUCAAAUACAGUAGUGCUCCCUCUAUAAAUCAGGGCAGGAAUUGCAUGUGACUGCCGCGCUGUCUGCUGGGUGUUAAUGGUUUGCGGUUUUCUGCUCUUCAUUCUUUGGGAUGUGAUCAGUAUAUGUCUGUGAAAUGAGAGGGAGCUGCUCUUGCUGUAUUUUCAAAUGUUUAAAAUAAAAAAAUUACAUGUUUGAAGCAGAUGUAGCACCCUCACUGCAGAGCAGCUUUGUUUCUCCAGUAAUGAUCAACACAAAUGUUUCUGUUCAAUAAAAUAUUUUUAAUUUUA